GCUCCGGCAGGCUGUGCAAUCGAUCGCGGCUGGAAUGGAUGUUGUACGGCACACGUGCGGAUGCUUUGCGGAUUCUUAUUGCUUCUGUCAGUGAAUUUCCUGUACGGCCGCUGAUAUCGUGACGUCUUGGGUGGCUUAAAAUGAGUCAGAAAAAUGUAAGGAAACACAAGAGGCCACAGAGUGAUGAAGAAGAACAGACAAGUAAGAAGAGGAAAAUCCAGCUUGAAACAUCAGCAAUAAAUUCACAAAUUGCCAAGGAACCAAGAUUAUCCCCGGCAUUGUUUAGUGAUACCUGUGAGAUUCAGCACGGAUCGUUGCACCAACUUCUAAAAUAUGCUGUGCUAGGAAAAGCGCACUCAACACAGGCAAGCUGGUGCAGCAUUCAUCAUCAAAAGCGUCUUCGAGGUGUUGUUGUCAUUGUCUUGGAGGACCUGAGUCAGCACCACUUUUACCAGUUUUAUAUGCACUUUGUCUGUCUUCGGGGACUGUUCCAGCAUAGGUUCAGCUUGCCGCCUCCUCCCACUGACUUCAUUUCUUCCCUUGUUGGGCUGGAUCUUGAUGAUGACAAAGCCAGGACAGAAGCACGAGCCGGUUCAAAUCAUUUGCACAGGAGGCUAAAUGAUCCAAUUAACAAGCGCAAUAGUUCUUCAGCAACCAAAUGUAACCCCAUCCUACGAAAAUAUGGAAAGGAAAGGCUUGGCCUGACAAGGUAUCUACUUUCUGAGGAAGAGAUGAGGACAAAUGAUUAUCCAUGUGUAGGGUCCCCAGAUACAGAACACUUUGUACACUCCAACUGCAUGGAAGACCCUACUGAUAGUAGCUCAUUAUUUGGGUUGGACUGUGAAAUGUGUUUGACCACUCAAGGGAGCGAGCUGACCAGAGUCUCCUUGGUGGAUGCCAGUGGUUGCUGUGUUAUGGACGAACUAGUAGUGCCUGACAAUCCCAUUAAAAACUACCUAACCAGGUUCUCUGGGAUUACAAAAAAGAUGCUUCUUCCAGUAAAAACAAAGUUAAAGAAUGUCCAGGAAAAACUGAAAGAGAUUCUACCCAAAGAUGCUGUAUUGGUGGGUCACUCCUUAAACAAUGACCUCCGAGCUUUGCAGAUGAUACAUCCGAAUAUUAUCGACACGGCACUACUUUUUGCUCGAGAUUGUGGAAGGAAGUUUAGAUUAAAAUUCUUGGCCCAAGAAGUAUUACAGAUCGACAUUCAGAAUAAAGAUUUGGAUGGUCACAUGCCCAUAGAGGAUGCUGUUGCUGCUUUGAAAUUGGCGCAGUAUUUUAUUGAGUUUGGUCCAGAGAAGGUAGCUCAUCUUAAUCUGGAAUCAAUGUUUAAAGAUGCAUACAAGGUAUUAAACACAGAAGGUGAUAAAAUCUCAGAGAUCAAAGAGAAUGGGGUUGCUCCUCACCUGCAAUCACAGCACACAGACAAAAGCAGUCUGGUGGAUUCGCUGCAAAAAGUUGGACAAAAGAUUAGUUAUGUAACCCGAAUGGACGCAGUGAACAGCCCUACCUGUUUAGCACAAUUUGAGAAUGUUUUGUGUGCAUCAAAUGAGGAGGUCCUGAAAAGAGCUAAUGAAGUAGUACCUCUGUCUCCACUUACUAUUGUUAAUUAUCAACCUGGAGACAUUUUCAGGAGACACAAUGUGGGCACUAAUGAAAAAGUUAUACGGAAGUAUGAGGAGAUGAUGACAAUAUUUGCUGGACCAUUCAAAGAGCCCGUGUGCCUAAAAUCUGUGAAGGUGCAUUUCCAAUCCUGUGGCCCUAUCCACUCACUAAAUAUUAUACUAGACACUUGUCAGCCUUACGUUUGUAUUAAGUACAGUGUCUUGGAAGCUGCUCAACUUGCUGUAAAACAUUUGGAUGGCACAUAUGUUAAUGGAUGCUGUAUUAAGGUUCAGAGGCUGAUAACCAGGAUGACACUUGAUUAUGAGGACAUUAUAAAGGAGAUGGAGGAAGAUCCAGAAAACAGGGAUACUAUAUAUGUCUCUGGAUUUAUGAAACACUUGACUGAAAAUUUUCUUCAACAGCAGUUCGGUCAUUUUAAAGAAAUUAAAGCAAUUUUUGCACCGAAGAAUCAAAGAAGCCAACAAAAUGAAAAAUACUGCUUUAUAAAAUUCCAAAGCCCACGUAGUGCUGCUGUAGCUGCUGCCGAUAUAUGUACCCAUGGUGGAUUCAUGUGUCAGAAGGCAGUCACCUCCAGUCACUUUCUUCACUGGUUUCAAGAUGCAGUGCUUAGUACUCCCUUACACACAGAGCUUAUGCUUGAAAACAACCCUAAGGCUUAUCUUUCAGAAAUAAUAAAGAACACGGAUAUGAAAAUGAAUCAGAUUUAUAAGAAUCUUCCAGGGAACACCCUGUGUCUUCUCCUUUUCCCUGGUAACAAUAGGGACGGUGGAGUCCUUCCAGGCUUUGGUUUGAUGGGAAUAAAAACUGACCACAUGUAAUUUAUAAAUAUUAUUUUUAUCAUUGUACAUUUUAAAUUUUUAUCAUG